AACAAUAACAAAAACAUAUUUUCCAGUCACUAAGGUCUAAAAAUUCUUUUAUAUCUAAUCUUUGCUUUUAAUCAAAUGCACAACAAACUAUCUCUGAGGAGAACGAGUUUCAUUUUGGGAUGUUUAAACUAUGUCCUAUCUCCACUCAGAAAUUGUGAGCCGUUGAUUUCUAAUGCAUAAGAAUUCACAAUCAUCAAAAUGGGGAAAGAUAAUUCAGUAAUUCAUAGAUUAGACUCUAGUUUACCUGUGUAAGUGGUUUCUAGCAGUGCAAAUAGCAAUCAGACAUCUUAAAGCUCCGUGAAAGGAUGCUCAACCAGGCAGUAGUUCAUGGAUGACCAGGAAGGGAAGGCCAGCACCAGGCUGCUUCAGGAUAAGCUAACUGUUAGAGACAGCAUCCUCAUCUUGAGUCCUCAAGGACAUCUUCAAAGGAUAACAUAAAAUAUCAAAAUAUAAGUAAAUACAGAAUAUUAAUUUCUAGUGGCUUGUCUAUUCUACCAAUUUCAAGAAAGCUUAGCAUUUGAAACUAAGCUCUUUAAUAAGUCUGAGCAGAAAGUCUCCACUUAGCCUGAAGAUUCCCAUACUUCUUUGUCUCACAGUGACAACGUCUGAGUAUUUUUUUCAUGCUGCUUCUAAACCCAAAAGAAGCAUCCAAUAAUUCUAUUUAUUAAGCAGUUUGGUGCAAACAAUAUAAUAAGUAUUUACGUCCUGACAAUUUAAAAGUCACUUGACAAAAUAGCACACGUGAAUUGAAAGAAAAAUAGUAAUUUACUUUCAGUGGAACCACGAUUACUUAAUAGUGGUAUGUGUGUGCCUGUCAUGCCCUAGGAUGUCUCAGACCGUGGAAUGAAAUUAUACAUAACUACUCUGGUUCACGGACAGGACUUUCCAAGUGACUUUCAGAGGGCGCUUGCCUUUUCACAUUGUAACCACCCUCCUAGCUCUUAGAGAUACAAAGUGAUCAAAACGAAUAUAACAGAGCCUGCAAUAUGGAAACCCUCAACUACUUCAGUCUAAGCUUUCCUUCCGUGCCCUGCUGUUUUUCUCAAAGGUUUAAGAUAUUCUCCAACAGCCUUGUGGAUUCAUGGAGCACCACAGCCCAGUUUAAACAUGCCAAGCUUACGGCACGUCUCUGGCUCUCCUCACUCUGAGAUGUAGUGUUUUUACCUCUGUUCAUUUUCAGACACUAAGAGUUGAAAGAACCAGGAAAUAAACUCCUUCUAAAAGUGAUGCCACUUUUCACUUUUGACAUCCUUAACCGAGCAUCCCUUAGAGCAGCCAGGAGUGACUAGAUCCUAUGUUGUGUCCAGUGGCAAUAUGUCCAUUUCCCAGACACCUUGUCUCUCAUAGGAUUUCAGCAAAUGGAAAAUAGCUGUGUUCUGCGGAAGGUAUUUUCAGUGUUAAUUUUCUACCAUCUGUGUCUUUCUCUUUUGGGUCCUAGCUACAGUAUUUCUGUUCAUUAGCUUAUUUUCAUUUUGUGUUUCAACUCAGGUUUCCUGUUUGAUGGUUUCUGCACUAAAUAUUAUAAUUUUAAGUUAGAUUUCCUAUUAGAAGAGCUACACCAAUUUUGUGUUCUAUUGACCUCAUGCCUUAUGGCUUUAACAGUAAUUAACUCACUCAUAAUUCCAACUAUGUUUACUAAUCUGAACUCUCUCGGGUUUAAUUCGGUGAGCAUUUUGUGAAGAAAAGAAUAAGAAAAACAUGUGACACAUCCAAUAAUUAUACUCUCACAAUUACAUUCUCAUAUUGUUGGUCACAUUAUGCUUCUGUGUGUGUUCCAAAGAGAAAAUUGAGGUUCCUUUGAUUUGAUGAGGAGGAGAAGGGCGGAAAACUAUUGCACAAGCUAUAUUACCAAGGAGUGUGGGAGCAGGAGCAAGUCUAUUCAGAAAUAGAAUGCUAACCUUUCAGUCUUGGAGUCUUGUCUUCCAAAUUUGGACUUCUCAACUUCUCACAGCAUAGAAAAUGGCUGACGCCUUUGCACACAUUUCACUUCACAUUUUGAUUUCCUUAGCAUACAUAUAGAUUAUGUCAUGCCUACUAUUCAAAACUAUAAGGGCAAUGCAUUUAUUUUCCAAAAAAAAAAAAUGCUUAUCUCAAUGCUUGCCUAUUCAGGGCUGCCCUUGAUUUUAAUUAGAAUAACCACUUCAGAACUGUAGGAAGGCAUGAACUUGCAUAAUGUUAUGUGUUUCUUUAUGAAGUAUAUGUCAGCUGAAAAAUAUUACUUCAAGAAUUAUUCAAUCGAGAUAACUCACCCCUGAUUUCCUUUAGGAAUCACCCUGAUUGUCUUUGACAAACAUAAGUAAAAUAGAGUAAAUUUAAAUUAUUUAUAUGAGUGCAUAUUACAACACGGCACUGUAGGCUAAAAUACAAAUAAGCCCUAACUCUAAAAGCUAGCUGUGUUGUUUCUAGACUUAGUGUACAUUUAAAAAAAAUGGUGUAAACAAAAUUGAGCUCUGUCUCUGGGAUUUCAUUAAAAACAAAGGUUGAGCAUUCAUAUAAAACCUUCUGUUGCAUUUGAGAGGAUUGCCAUCUCUCUCUGAGCAGACCCUUGGUGGCUCACUUUUGUCUCAUUUGUCCUUGUUAGUUUGGGGACAGGAGUGAAAAUCGCAGGUGUAUUCUGUGACUACUAAUGCUCAACUGUUCAUCUUUCUCACGAAUGACUGACACAUCUCACUUAAAAUGCAUGACAUUCGCAUGUGCUUUCUCUGUUGCCUUGGCCUCUGCUAUAUCAUGUUUUUGCUUCCAGAUAGCGGUGGGUGUGCUCGCAAACGUGCCGCCAUGUCUGUCACGUUAACAUCUGUGAAGAGAGUUCAAAGUUCUCCAAACCUAUUGGCUGCAGGGCGUGAGUCUCACUCUCCGGACUCAGCUUGGAGAUCUUACAAUGGUCGAAAUCCAGAGACACUGAAUGGAGAUGCCACAUAUUCCUCUCUUGCAGCAAAAGGUUUUAGAAGCGUUCGACCAAACCUGCAAGACAAAAAGUCACCAACCCAGAGCCAGAUCACUAUCAACGGCAACUCUGGUGGCGCUGUGAGUCCAGUGAGUUACUAUCAGAGGCCAUUCUCCCCUUCUGCAUACUCCCUCCCAGCCUCACUCAACUCCAGCAUGAUCAUGCCACACGGCAGGUCGCUUGAUUCUGCGGAGACAUAUUCCCAUCAUGCCCAGUCGCUAGACGGCACCAUGGGAAGCUCCAUCCCACUCUACAGAUCCUCCGAGGAAGAGAAGAGGGUCACAGUCAUCAAAGCCCCGCAUUACCCAGGGAUCGGCCCUGUGGAUGAGUCUGGAAUCCCCACAGCCAUUAGAACGACAGUUGACCGGCCGAAGGACUGGUACAAGACAAUGUUUAAACAAAUUCACAUGGUACACAAGCCGGAUGAGGACACAGACAUGUAUAAUACUCCUUACACAUACAAUGCAGGUCUGUACAACUCGCCCUACAGUGCUCAGUCACAUCCUGCUGCGAAGACCCAGACCUACAGACCUCUUUCCAAAAGCCACUCGGACAAUGGCACCGAUGCUUUUAAGGAGGCACCCUCGCCAGUGCCUCCCCCACACGUUCCACCACGACCAAGAGAUCAGUCUUCAACAGAAAAGCAUGACUGGGACCCCCCAGACAGAAAGGUGGACACCAGAAAAUUUCGAUCGGAGCCAAGGAGUAUUUUUGAAUACGAGCCUGGGAAGUCAUCCAUCCUGCAGCACGAGAGACCCCCCCCUCUCCCAACAACUCCGACACCUGUUCCCAGGGAACCCAGCCGGAAGCCUCUCCCAGUGUCACCCUCAACAGAUGGCCUGCGUAGCCCUUCCCCUCCGCCCAGGAGCUGUGUCCCCGCACCCCGUCCGAGUGCCCCAGAUCUCUCUCCCACCGGGCCCCCUAAAAAGGCUCUGGAUUAUGUUCAAGAUCAUUCUUCCGGUGUGUCCAAUGAGGUCUCCGUCUACCAGUCUUCCAUAGACAGAAGCUUGGAAAGACCCAGCAGCUCUGCAAGCAUGGCGGGUGACUUUAGAAAACGGAGGAAGAGCGAACCUGCAGUGGGCCCGCCCAGGGGCUUGGGGGAUCACAGUUCAAGCAGGACCAGCCCCGGCCGGGCAGACCUCCCAGGAUCAAGUUCCACCUUUGCGAAGUCUUUCAUUAGUUCUUCUCCUUCCUCUCCCUCGAGAGCACAAGAUCACGAGUCCCCUAGAAGUUACUCGUCUACUCUGACUGACUUGGGAAGAAGUGUAUCACGGGAACGAAGAGGAAUUCCAGAAAAAGAGAAAUUGCCUGCAAAAGCUGUCUAUGAUUUCAAAGCUCAGACUUCUAAGGAGCUGUCAUUUAAGAAAGGAGACACCGUCUACAUCCUCAGGAAAAUUGACCAGAACUGGUAUGAGGGGGAGCACCACGGAAGAGUGGGCAUUUUCCCAAUCUCAUACGUAGAGAAACUAACACCCCCAGAAAAAGCGCAGCCCGCGAGACCGCCACCCCCAGUCCAGCCGGGAGAGAUCGGAGAAGCCAUAGCCAAGUACAACUUCAAUGCAGACACAAAUGUGGAACUCUCCCUGCGAAAGGGCGACAGGAUUAUUCUUCUCAAAAGAGUUGAUCAAAACUGGUAUGAAGGUAAAAUCCCAGGAACCAACAGACAAGGCAUCUUCCCUGUCUCCUACGUAGAAGUUGUCAAGAGGAAUGCAAAAGGUUCUGAGGAUUACCCCGACCCUCCUCUACCCCACAGCUACUCCAGUGAUAGAAUUUACAGCCUAAGCUCCAAUAAGCCACAGCGCCCAGUGUUCUCUCACGAAAACAUUCAAGGUGGGGGAGAACCGUUUCAGGCUCUGUAUAACUAUGCUCCUAGGAAUGAAGAUGAGCUGGAGCUCAGAGAAAGCGACGUCGUCGACGUCACGGAAAAGUGUGAUGACGGGUGGUUCGUGGGAACUUCAAGAAGAACCAAAUUCUUUGGUACUUUUCCUGGAAACUAUGUCAAAAGGCUGUGACUCACCUCACUCCUAAUUUAUGCCACAUUUCAGCCACACAUCUGCAUUAACCCACCUGAAACAUCCCAGCAGGCCUGUUGCUGCCUCGCCUUAUGGUUUCCAAUAGGCCAUUACCAUCUCCAUCUGCUGCCACCAAAUCACCAGCAGAGGAACUGCCGCUGUGAGCCUUAGGGAGGCUGGGAGCCUUAGAGAAAAGUGGCAAACUUACACCCACAUAAAUAUUCAGUCUCCUGCUUUCUGCCCUGAACUUUGAAAUGCCUGUAUAUGGAAUCAGAAUGAACAUGAUCAUACUUUCAAAAAAGCAAAAUAAUUAAGGAAGAAAGAAAGAAAGAGGAAAGAAAUAGAGACUCUUCAGGAGGCUGUCUGGCCUCAUGGCUGAAUCUCCACCUCUCUGGAAGGUGUACUGUCCUCAGGAAGCCUGAAGAUUGUUUUUUUUCUCAAAUGCUAUGGUUCCAGUUCUCACUCUCAUUUUCCUUUCACGAGUUUGCCUAGUGCUCGGGUUUACACUACAUGACAACUAUACUUCGGCUGUUGUUUGCUUGCACUUAUUAUUCCUUGUUUCAUGCACAGUGAUCACAAAAUCCAGAGUGCCUAGGAAGGUUCACUGGUUCCACUGGUUCGAGUGUGAUUUUUGUUGACUGCAUUAUAUUUUCACACGGGGAGGGGGGGUCUUUCCCCUGCCCACUUUUUUGUGCUUAUUAGAAGUGCAAACAGUGAGCAACUGAGAGCUCAGCCACAUCACAGGACAAAUCGUGUUGUGAAUUCGCAUUGCUGUUUUGUGUAUUAAGGUGUAAUCAUCAGCUUCAUGGACAACAAGCUAUUAGUGAUUUCUUUACCUGUUAAAGCUUACAGGCAGUGCUAGUGAGUUAGGCAGAGAGAUGACAGUAAUACCAGUAGGUGAGCUUCACUGCGUGCAUGCUCACACGUUUGAGAUUGUAUGAGGACAUAUAAUUCAUAUGCUAUGUUGUACAUUUUUUGGAAAUAUAAGAGAAUCCCACAUUAUUUUAUAGAGUACUUCAGGAGCAUCCUAAGUGUUAAGGCUGGCUUUAGCAAGGAUUAUGAUCAAUACAACUAUUUUUACUACAAUAAUUAUUUUUCUUCUAUGAGACCCAGAAUCCUGACUCCACUUGCAGACAGGAAUAUAUAUGUUGAGCCUGACUUUUUUUUCUGGUAUAUGUAAAAUACUUCCCAGGAAUACAUUGGGCACUUUUGGGAAUAAUGGUUAAAUCAUUCAGGUUGUGCUUCCUGCCCCCAAAACAGAUCUACAAAAUGAUACCAAACCUGAAAGAUUUAACGGAUUUAUGGUGCCUGCAUUCCACACAACCUCACACUUAGCUUUGUAUUUCAAAUGAAUUUGCAUAAAACCUGUUCAUCUUUAGCACCUUAUAGUCAAAACUUUUUAUGGCUUUCCUCCCAUGGGCAAUGCUUGAUCUUCCACAACAUAUAAACUCUGGCAUAUUUUGUACAUAUGUUUGUUCCUUUUUGGUUGUACAGACUAUUUACUUGUUCAGAAAACAUCGAGAUCUCCCAAUUUGUUCUUUACCCCGCCCUUAAAUGGAAUUUAAACUCUUUCAGAAGAUCGCCCUUCACCAUAUCCUCACAGAUCACAAGCUAAGGUGAAUCUGGAAUAUAUCGUCUGCACAAAAUUUUGUGACUCAGAAAGAUCUUUGUAACUACUCUGAAAUACAUAUAAUAACAAUGUUCCAGUUACAGAGGAACAUUGUUGGGGCAGGAAGUAAAGAAACAUCUUCAAGAAACCCACUUUACUCUCCAGUUCACAACUAGCUUUAUAUUAGAAAAACUUGGGAUUGGAAAGUCAGCCAGCCAGCCGGCCACCUGCAGCCUUGUUGACAAAUGAAUACUUUUUCACACCAUUUAUGAAAACAAAUCUUCAACUCUGUUGCCUGUUAUAUUUAAGAAAAAUUGCUGUUUCUACUCUCUGUAUCUGAUUUUAAAAGGAAAAAAAAUAUUCACGCCUGGCUUUCAGGACAUUGACUUUGAAUUCUUACGAGCAAAGGUCGUUGUGUUUUUCUUGAGUAGAUACCUAAUAAAUUUUGCUUGAAAGUACCUCUGCUUUCCGUUGA